AUGUUCUGGGCCAACUGCGCAGCAAAGAGCGGCGACCCGACGCUCCUCUCCCUUGACACGUCCUCGCUCUCGGCGCAGGGAAAAGAGGCGGAGGGCAAGAGCCGUGCGAGAAAGCAGCCCCGGGGGAACGGGAGGGGGCUUCUGCUUCACCCAGCGCCCAGGAGGAGGGAAGAAGGAGGGUACCUUCGGCGCCGGCUUCGGUCCGCCUCCCUUGGCUCUCUCUCGGCGCCUCCACCGUCUUGGGCGGCUGAGUCGGGGCAGAGCCUUUGCCGGGAGGCGGAGCGGCUGCGUGGCCCCGGUCCUCCCCCACUUCCACCUGGGGACGCUCUCGCCUCCUUCUGCGCCUCUUGCAAGAAGCAUCCGCUGCAAGUAAGCAAAGCCGGGCAAAACUACGAAGAGAUGGGUUGCGGGAACUCCACAACCACUACAGCGGGCAGCCGAGAUGCUGAAGGAACAACAAAAGAUGUAACAGAAGGAUCAGUUUCUGAAGAUGACAAAAAAAGGAACUACGGGGGUGUUUAUGUUGGUCUACCAACUGAUGUGGCUACCAAGAUUUCCAGCCAAACCAGAACAGCACCUAAAGAAGACUGUGAACACCGGAUGAUUUGACUUCUUGGAGUUAUCUGAACAGAUUACUCAUCACAAAAGAAUGGGGUGGUGCCUUUCUGCCAAUAUUUCACAUAGCAAGAAAGACCAAGCCAUCCAAAAGUUGGGACUACGAGUGAAGAUGAAUGCUCAAAAUGGAACGGAAGUGAAAGACUGAGUUUGUGGGCCUUUCUGGUGUCAUAUAAUGAAUCAGAGGUUGAUGAGUAUUUCUGCACAAGAGCUGACAGGGUUGAUCAUCAAAGCUUUGGCCACAUUGCAGGUUAUUAUGAAUGGCAAAAGGUCUAUUUUCUCUUCAACUACUUUUUGGGAGCUUUUAUAUAAGGUGAUUACUACUGUUCACUCAGUGUUCCUAGAGUGAGAUUAGUGAAAAAUUAUUUACACAAGAGUAAUUUAUUUGAAUAUUAUAUCCUGAGGACACUUGAAGUUAGGCACUCUUGGAUUAUUCUAGCCACUGAAUUUUAUACUCUGAACCAAUGUUGACACAUUUCUAUUUAAUUAUAUAGAAAUUACUCAUGAAAAUUGAAUUUAUUUCAUCAGAAAUCACUGCAAUAUUUUUUCAAAUGAAAUAAUUUACUUUGAUUUCUUUCUCUUAGGCGUAUUAAUUUUAGCAUUAGUGGAGGGAAAGAGUCACGUUUUAUGUUACAGGUGAUGGAGGCAAGCCUGUAUGCAUUGCUGCAAGACAAGCGCUAGCUUCAUUCCAUAGCUGGGAAAGAAAUGCCAUGUGAAUCCUUUUGAAAUAAAUACCAUUUGUUUAAUGCAGUGCUUGAUAGGAUCAUACUGAGUGUGAGACCUAACAAAAAUGAUCACUCCUCCAAUUCUGCAUCCAUCUUAAAACUGGGGAUGUAAUAAUUGAUAUCAAAGUUUCCACUUUUGAUAAUGAUAUUGAUAGUACCACAUUAUGUUGGGUACAAAUAAGGAUUUGUUGAACACACAUGUAUCUUUGAUGUAUUAUAUCGUUAAAUGAUCAGUCAUAUUCUCAGCUCCCAUUAACAUUAUAUCCAUGUCUUAAAACAUAUCACAACUCACUGUCGAUGCAUGACUAAAUCAAAUUAUUAAAGCAUUUUGCACAACUUA